AUGUCUGGCUACUUCAAACCGCAAGAUCCAAGCACUUUUUCAUUCUUACGAUAUCUAACGUUUAGAUAUAGCAAAGAAGGAAUACUAAAAGCAAACAAAAAGGAAGAAUGGGCUGAUUUUGUCGUUGGGUUAAAAUUGUUUUUGACAGAAAGCAAUGAUGAUUCUUUAAAAAUAUAUUGGGAGGAAGAGCUAAAAGAUGGAAAU